GAGAAUGAAGACCUUACAACAAAGCUUGAGUUUCCACAAUGUUGGAAGCCUCAAGCACUAUGGCCUGGUUUUUUCGCCCUUUGUUGGGUUUGCUUCUCUUGCAAACCUUCAUAGCAAACUCCCGAGUCUUUGCCGACGACGACAUAUAUCCACCACCGUACAAGUAUGCAUCACCACCACCUCCGCCUUAUAAGUACGAAUCUCCUCCACCUCCACCAUACAAGUACGAGUCUCCUCCUCCGCCACUAUAUAUAUACAAGUCUCCUCCACCACCAUACAAGUAUGAGUCUCCUCCACCACCACCAUACAAGUAUGAGUCUCCUCCCCCACCACCAUACAAGUAUGAGUCUCCUUCCCCACCACCAUACAAGUAUGAGUCUCCUCCCCCACCACCAUACAAGUAUGAGUCUCCUCCACCACCACCAUACAAGUAUGAGUCUCCUCCCCCACCACCAUACAAGUAUGAGUCUCCUCCCCCACCACCAUACAUGUACAAGUCUCCUCCCCCACCACCAUACAUGUACAAGUCUCCCCCUCCUCCACCAUAUAAAUAUUCGUCCCCUCCACCUCCACCAUACGUGUACAAAUCCCCUCCUCCACCUCCAUAUAAAUACUCAUCGCCACCCCCACCACCUUAUGUAUACAUGUCUCCUCCUCCAUAUAAAUACUCAUCCCCACCUCCACCACCUUAUGUAUACAUGUCUCCUCCACCACCGCCUUAUAAAUAUUCUUCACCUCCUCCACCACCAUAUGUAUACAACUCCCCUCCACCACCGCCAUAUAAAUAUUCAUCACCACCACCACCUCCAUAUAUGUACUCAUCUCCACCUCCACCACCAUACAUGUACAAAUCCCCUCCACCACCACCAUACAAAUACUCGUCACCACCCCCACCUCCAUAUAAAUACUCCUCACCACCUCCUCCACCUUAUGUAUACGAGUCCCCUCCACCACCCCCAUACAAAUACUCAUCUCCUCCUCCUCCACCCUAUGUAUACAAAUCUCCUCCACCACCUCCUUACAAAUACUCUUCUCCUCCUCCACCACCAUACGUAUACAAGUCUCCUCCACCACCUCCUUACAAAUACUCUUCACCUCCUCCACCACCAUAUGUAUACGUGUCUCCUCCACCACCUCCAUAUGAGUACUCUUCUCCUCCUCCACCACCGUACGUCUACAAAUCCCCUCCACCACCUCCGUAUAAGUACUCAUCCCCACCUCCACCACCAUAUAAAUACGUAUCCCCACCCCCGCCACCAUACUACUAGUCUCCUCCACUACAAAGCCAUGAAUAGGUAUGUGUAUUCGAACCACCAUGCACCCUCAUAUCAUCCCCAUCAAUAAGGUUCGCAGCCUCACACCACCGUAUUUGCACCAGGGAGCCCCAUUCUUCAGCUCUGAACCACUGUGUGUGGCUUCAUGGCUUAGAGUGAUUAUAUUCAUUCCGAUUCUUAGAUGGAGUUUGGAUGUUAUUCUUAGAUGGAGUUUGAAUGUUAUUCUAUUUGGAUGUUGUGCUUUUAGUUUUUCCUUAAUGUUGUGCUUGAAUAAUGUUUUCCUUUUAUGUUGUGAUGGAAUAAAGAGCUAUUUGAAUUAUGAUU